AUGGACACUACCACCCAUAUUCCCGAGCUGGAAGAUGCCCUUUAUUGCACCGAGGUGAUGCACCUGCGUGCUGGCAAGUCAGAACUCGUAUAUGAUCGCGAGUUGUUAAAGAAGGCUCACGGUCUGGGCAUCAUGGCCACCUUGCCGUCUGUCGCAGAAGCUCAGCGUGUCACUUCGAGCGCGUCUGAUUCAACCGAGUCUACCUCACGAGAGCAGACAUUUUCCACCAUUUCAGAAGCGUCGACAACAUAUCUCACGCCUCACUCGUCUAUAUAUGGCGGCGUUAGUCCAAAGCUCUCGUCCUUCGACAGCAGUAUCAACAAACCUCAUUGCAAGGCUUUGAACUUUGCCUCAUAUGAAAAGUACAUUUCCCAAAUCGACACCGUUCACGAAGAACCGAGGUUUCGGAAGCCAAGUCUUGUCAUCGACAGCUCUGGCCAGAGCAUAUUCAGCGUUAGCACGAGGAAGAGCAUAUCAGGUGUAACCACAGGAUUUCGAAACAGAAUGAGGCUCAGAAAGAAGCCAACUCGCCUGUUUGACACUCCAGUCUCCUGCUUCGCCUGUCAAGCUGCCUUUAACAAGACCAACGGACUGAAAAGCUUACCAUGCGGCCAUGCACACUGUACCGAUUGUAUCAGGGACCUGGUGAUUCAGGCGAUCAACCAUGAGACGCGCAUGCCUCCAAGCUGCUGCGCGCAGCCAGUGCCGGCUGAUGCUCUGAAGCAGUCUCUUGAUCUUGAUGUUCAGGAAUCGUUCUUGAAGGCAGUUCACCAAUAUAGCACACCAUCCGAGUCGAGGAUCUUUUGCUGCAGCACGCUUUGUGGAGAGUUUAUACCGCCUUUGAAAAGAUUGGACCCCAAGUUGCCGUCUGCAGUUACUUGUCUGAAGUGCCAGACAAAAGUUUGCUCUACAUGUAAACAGUCAGCGCAUUCCAUUGGAAUUCACUGUCCCGGAGACUGGGAACUCUUAGAUGCACUCAAGAUUGGGGGACGAAGCAGCUGGCGCCGUUGCUAUAGGUGUCGUAAGUUGGUAGAGCUCUCGGAUAGCAUUGGCCCGACGACAUGCGCCUGCAGUGCACAAUUCUGCCACUCUUGUGGAGGUGUCUGGGAUAGCGCAGUUGGCUGUCCCAAUGUUUGCAAUGGAGAGGAAGGACUGGCUAGAAGGAGGAAGGAGGAAGAGGAGCGAGCAGCCCAGGCAAAGGCAGUACGAGAAGCCGAACGACAGGAGUGCGAAGAACGAUCAGCAUCACACCCCAGUAUGAUGGCAUUGAGGGCAUCCCAAGAGCAAGAGAAGCAACGACUUCUGGACUUCAGAUGCUCUGCUGAGAGCUCUCUGAAAGCAAGGCAUGCUGCGGAGGGGAUUGCACUAAUGAACCAGCAAGUCGAGGAAGAAGAACAGCUGUCUCAGAAGCAUUCGAGGGAAACUAGUCACCUUGACGAUCGUCAAAUUGCGGAAGAGCUAGAACUUCGGCAAUCACUCGAGCAAGCAGAGAAAAGCAUUCGAGUACGGAUAAAGCAUAUGGAGGCCUACUGCGAUGGUUUAGGGCAAAAUCCAAACGGAUCAGCCCUGCCACCACGGAUUGUCACUGAGCAAAACCUUCGAGAUUUGGGGAUCCAGUACAACUUGCGCGACGACAUGGAAAGACAACAUCAGUCCAAGAUCAAUAUGAUGCGAGAUCGCCAGGAGAAAAGAAUGGAGGAGCUCCUCGAGAAGCAUGAAACAGAUCUCCAGGACCAGGCUGACGGGCAGCGAAAGGCAAGGGACGAGUUAAUCGACAAACAUAAACAAGAAGCGGGACAAUUCCACAGCAUCUUCGGCGAGCGUCAAUCUCGAACCACGGCAAGGUGGACCUUGGCAAUCGAGGUAUUGUGCAAAGAGCUGCAGGAGCAAGACGGCUUGAAAUACGCCGUGGUGGACGCACCAUCCUGGCCGGAAGACGCUGUGCCAACGGUGGUUGAGUCCUAA